AUGGGUCGGCUGGCGUGUUACAAACUUGUUCGUGCCGCGUCCCAAAGCAGCCCAGAGCGCGGUGCACCUUCACGCAUGAUUGGAUAUGGCGAUUUGAGGGUCGAGCAGCUGCUUGUCACCCUGUUGGCUCACAUUCAAAUGAAAAUCUAUUGUAAUGUGCAGGAUAAAUUAAAACCAAAGAUAUCAGAACGUCUUAAUGUACUUAUGAAAUAUGACAAAAUGUGCCAUUGUGAAAAUAACAUAAUGCUCCAGGCAAUAUGGAGAAGC